AUGGACGCUCUUUGGAACCGAACCAGCGCGCCCCACGAGAGCGGCACGGCGUCCUGCUUUUUCAUAUUCAACUGCGCGGUGUUGACCUUGACGUUGGUGUUGGGGUCUCCCGGGAACCUGUGGGUCUGCUGGAUCGUCUUCAGGACCAAGAGCCUGCAGACUUUCAACAAUGCGCUGCUAGUCAGCCUGGCCACCAGCGACCUCCUCAAGUGCUCCGUGGACACGCCGCUGCUGCUGUGCUCCCUCCUGCGCUCUGGGAGGGGCGGCCGGGUGCCGGAGUCAGUGUGCGCCCUGCAGCAGUUCACGUACGCGCUGUGCAGCUGCGUGCAGCUGCUCACGCUAGUCAGCAUCAGCGUGGAGCGCUUCCAGGCCAUCGCGUUCCCGUUCCAGACCGAGAGGAGGAGAACCCGGGUCCGGCUCUGGAUCCUGUCCAUAUGGGCGUGCGGCGCCGUCCUGGCUCUGGUCUCUCUGACUCUCUCCGAGAAGGUGCUCUUCUACAUGCUGUGCCGUCCGCACCACGCGGCGCGCCUUCCGUACUCUGACCCGUUUGGACCCUGCGUGCUGGUCCCGCUGUGGGGGCUGUCUCUGGCGGUCAUAGUGGUCCACUACGUGCGGAUAUUCAAAGUUGUGAGGCGGCACCGGAAGAAAGUGUUCAGUCGGGGGGUCCAGCUGAGGCCGACGGUGUCGGAGCACGUCUGCGGAUGGCUGAGUGUCCCCGCCUCGGACGAACGGACCGGUCCGCCGGGCUCCUCCGGCCCGCUACCGCUGCCCUGCCGAACGGUGCUACUGGUGGCCGAGGCCAGUGCUCCCAUUGGCGCCCCCCCGCGGAGCAGACCGGAGAUCGUCGGGGCGGUGUGUCUCCUGACGCCCGGGGCCAGGGCGCGGGGCAAGAAGCAGGUGGAGGGGAGGCUGGCGCUGCGCUUCGGCUACAUCAUCAUCGCCUUCACGCUUUUCUGGGUUCCUCUGGUGGUGGUUCUGCUGAUGCACGUCAUCUCGUGGUGGGAAACGGACACACUGCUGUUCGAGCUGGAGACGUCAGCCGUGGUUCUGACCUGCGUGCCGGCCGCCGUGGACCCGCUCAUCUACACUCUGGUCACCAGACAGUUCCGCUCCGAACUCGGCAAGAUCCUCUCCUCCGUCCCGAGGUGUCCCCUGAAAGGGAGGAACUGA